AUGUCGGGCGGCUGGUGGAAGACUGGCACCGAGAUUUUCCAGGGCCUGCAGCUCCUGUUCCAGCGGAAGUCCGCACAAGGUGGGGCGGGACUAGGACUUUGGGACUUUGCCGAUCCGAAGCUGGUGCUGGGCUUCGCGGUGGCGGUGCCACGGUACCUUCUCUCCACCGCACUCAAGGCGUUCGGUGGUUUUUCGGUGCGUUCGGUGACAGCGGAAGGACUGGCCGAGUUGAGCCAGUUCUUGGGCAUACUGGGUGAUCUGAUUUUCCUGGCCAUAGAAUUGGUCUUCUUGCGGCUGAUCCUUUGUGUCUUGCUGCGCGAUCGCGACCUGGUCCUGGCGCGCUCCAUCCGCCAGACCUGCGGCGCGACCGGUUCCGCCGGUUCCGUCGUGGCGGUGCUGGGUGCAGCGCACUGCAACGGCGUGAAGCGGCACUUGUCACUGGGACCGUGA